UCACGCUGAUAACGUCGUGCUUCUGGCAAUUCUCGUGCGCAUUGCUAUAUCUCUUGUGUGAACAAUUUUUAUUAUCUCUCAGUUUUCUGACACUCCCGGCCUCUGAUUUACACUGAAGAUCUCAUGUCUUUUCUGUGAAGAAAAUAGCUCAUGACAAGUGAUUUUCCCUGCCUAAAAAUUGCCUGCGUUACUCAUCAAUUGAAGUGAUUGAAUGCAUUUCAUUAAAAUUCUCGUCACAGCCUCCGUUUGAAUUCUAACCGUCGGGAUGACUCUUCCAAAAGUGAAUCGGUGCAAUUUUGACACAAUUAUUGUUAAACGCUGAAUUGUGCAAAAUGCCCUAAAGUGACAAACUGUGUGUUCUGAAAGUGGUAAAAAAAAACACUCAGUCUGAGUUCAAUAGAUAUUUAGCUUCACAAUAGAGAGACAUUCUGGAGUGAUUGUUGACCAGUCUGUGUUUGCAAAACAUCCAAUCAGCCAGUCAAUUAAAACCACGGCACAAUCACUCGUUCAGAUAUCAUUGUUGCCGCACGUUGGCCGCCGAUGUGGGUGUUGAGCCGGGCGCCGGGGGUGUGAGGGCGUAUAGCCCCAAAAAUGUGGGGAUGAUGGUGCCAUUUGCGGUCCAUUCUGCGGUGAGACGGGCCUGAGUGUGGGCGUGAGUUUUUAGCUGUGACUGACAUCUGGCAUUUCGAAUCCUUGCAUGGCUGCUUCCGGUACUUCCCAGUUGCACCGAGUAUCAACUUCAAAAUGGGCAGGAGAACUCUUCCGCUCGGAUCACCGCAAUCACGACUAGACUCCCACGUGGAAGACGUCGGAGGGAGUGAUAGAGGUGACCUACAGGUGGGAAAGUGGUCAGUGUUGGUAUCACCAUGAACCAGACAGAGUGCUCAAAAUUAAUUGAAGCCGUUGAGUGGACGGAACCGGGAAAUCUAGUGUCACUGGCGGUGCUUGCCGUUAUCAAUGUGCUCGUGAUUGUGGGCAAUUGCCUCGUGAUUGCCGCCGUCUUCUGCUCCCAUAAGCUCAGGAGUGUCACGAAUUUCUUCAUUGUGAGCCUCGCCGUGGCGGACCUGCUUGUCGGACUCGCCGUUCUUCCGUUCUCCGCCACAUGGGAAGUUUUCAAGGUGUGGAUUUUCGGUGAUUUGUGGUGUCGCAUUUGGCUGGCCGUGGAUGUAUGGAUGUGCACCGCGUCCAUCCUCAACCUGUGUGCCAUCUCCCUGGAUCGAUAUGUGGCCGUGACGCGUCCCGUCACUUAUCCCAGCAUCAUGUCCACGACGAAAGCCAAGUCCCUCAUCGCCGGCAUCUGGGUGUUGUCAUUCGUCAUCUGCUUCCCACCGCUAGUCGGCUGGAAGGAUCAGAAGCUUCCUGCAGAUCUCACCUAUCGGGUGGGAAACUACACCCUGAUCUCCGUGACGCCACCCCCGGAGCCUCCGCCCCCGUGUCCGUGGACGUGUGAGCUGACAAAUGACGCCGGCUAUGUGGUGUACUCAGCUCUGGGCUCCUUCUACAUUCCCAUGCUCGUGAUGCUCUUCUUCUACUGGCGCAUCUACCGUGCCGCCGUGCGAACCACCCGCGCCAUCAAUCAGGGCUUCAAGACAACCAAGGGUUCCAAAGGCAUUGGCAAUCGGUUUGAUGAGCAACGUCUGACGUUGAGAAUUCACCGGGGCAGAGGAUCAAAUCUGCAUGAAUCACCCCACAGCAAUGGCAGCACUCACAGCACAUCCACGAACGUGAGUGCCUCACCAGAUCGCCACUCGCGAUUUUCAACAAGGAACAAGCACGAGAAGAUCAAGAUCUCAGUGAGCUAUCCCAGUUCGGAGAAUCUCGCCAGUCCCACGAAUGCCAACCCCAAUGCACUCUACGCUGUCCACUACAGCUCCAACGGCAAGGACACGAGCGCGUCAAAGAUCUUCCGCGGCAGCAAGGACGGCUUCCUGCAGGUGGUGAAGUCCAUGCCGGACAUAGAGAAGGAAGCGGGGAAGUUCAACUCGCCGCGCACGAGCCGGAAGAUGGGCAAGAGGAAUAUCAAGGCGCAGGUGAAGCGCUUCCGCAUGGAGACAAAAGCCGCCAAGACACUGGCCAUAAUCGUGGGACUGUUCAUCCUCUGCUGGCUGCCCUUCUUCACUGUAUACGUCAUCCGCGCCUUCUGCGCCGAGUGCAUUCAUCCGGUGUUGUUCUCUGUGAUCUUCUGGCUUGGCUAUUGCAAUUCCGCAGUAAAUCCCAUGAUCUAUGCCCUGUUCUCCAAGGACUUCCGCUUCGCCUUCAAGCGCAUCAUCUGCAGAUGCUUCUGUGCAGGACCUGGACCCAACACUGCCACGAGUCGCCGUGGUUCGGACAUGUCACAGGUGAAGGUAAGGACGCCAAGUAUCUCGCCCAGCGCCAAUGCUCAGAGCAUCUGCGACGAUAGUGAUCCCAUUGUGGAGCUCUCCGACAGUCGGUGACGCUCUCUGGCGCCCAGCGUCACCUCCACCUCAAGUCCUGGAGGACGACACUCGCUGAGCAAGAGCGCCGUCUACGAGAUCUGUCAUCCGCUUGUGAUGGAAACGUCCACGUUUGGAUACACUUCCGGCGGCGCAACUACGACUUCGCCAACGCCCGGACAGCAAGUCACCCAGAAUCUCUGAUCAAGUUCGCACGAGUUCCGAAGGAGACGACGGCUUCACCUAUGCUAGACGCACAUACUCGGCCAUCUAGGAUUGAUCUUCAAAAGAUGACAGAUCUCAAGCACAAAGGAUCGAAACAGGGUAAUUUUCUGAAUUCUAGAUCCCAAAUAGAAGGUAGAAAAUUGUCGUAAAGAGAUUUAUAGAAAUUGCAGCGUGGAAAUUGUUUAAUUCCUUGAGUACCUAUAAACAUUUGUCCUAAGAGAUCAACUUUACAUGAUUAUUUUCUCAUAUUGAACUCUUAAUUGAUUUAUUUGUAAUUAUCUUUUAUCACUGAUAACAUAAAAAAAACAUGAUAAAAGAAUUUAGAAAAUUGUCUCUAGUUCGAUAAAUGAAGAGUAAACUUCUUCAAAGAGUUUCAUUAACCGAGGGAAAAUAAAACUAAAUGUGUUACAUUGAGAGAUUUUAAGGCUAAUUUCAGUAUAUGUACAUUAAAAACUAACUGAUAUUGAUAGAAAAAUAUAUAGGUAAGUUACUGUUUACAUCUUAAGAUUGUGAAACGUAAGUAUAAUUCCUAUAUCUAAGAGAGAAAAAUAUAUAUGUACAUAUUAUCAAGAGGAAAGUCAAGAUACCUAAACUUUAAAUAGGCUAAAUCAAAUGGAACUUUAAGGAUGUCAUUACAAUUCUUUCUCAGACUACACAAGUGACGGUCUGAUGUUUUGAUUAUUCUUUGUAUAUAAGGUAAUUUAAGAUCUGAAACUUCUUUUUGCCUUGAGUAAGAAAGAUGUGUUAGCAAAUGAGAUUUUAAAAUAUAAAUCCUGUGUAUACAUGUAGUUUAACCUUCAUUCCAAAGCUACUGUGUCAUUUUAUUAAAACCUAUGUGUAAAAAAAUAUCUGUGACGCAGCAUUCAGAUGUCACUAACUUCAUGGAAAAAAAAGAUAUAAUGUGAAAACUUUUGUUCAGCAAACUGUUAAUAUUCGAUGUUUAAUAUUUGAAUAUUAAAGUCGCCUUAAUUUACCAAA